AGAUGGACAACUAUAUAGGAUAUAUAUGGGACACAUAAAGGACACACAUACAGGAUAUCUAUAGGGCAUAUAUCAAACAUUGGACAUAUAUAUAGGACAUCUAUAGGAUAUAUAUCAGACAUAGGUCCGACCUAUACUGGACAUAUAUAGGACAUCUAUCAUAUAUAUAUAUAUAUAUAAAAGAAAUAUAGGACACAUAUCAGACACAUCUAGAACACGUAUCAGCCAUACAUAUCUGACAUCACUUCCUGAUAAGGUUUUAGAGGAUCACAUCCAGCCCCCCAGUCCCACACACCUUCCCACCAGGAUCCCAGUGGGAGUGGGAGCUGGCACGGUCCCAUUCCCACCCCAGGGCAGGGAACAGGGAAUGGCUGUCACUCUGGGAGAGGCCGAAGGGUGACUUAGUUUAAUCCAUAGUAAAGAUAAAUCUCAGAAGGGAAACUUCUGGAAAGGGAGGCAGAGGGAAUGCACAAAGUGCUCCAUGGAGGACUUUGCAUUCCCUGUGGCACUGCUGGUGGAAGAGAUUUGGAGACAAAUUCCCAGUCCUAGUUCCCCACAUCUACUCGGACUGUGCCACUGUGCCCCGCAGUCCCCCUGCAGGGUCCCAGUCCCACAGGAAAGGCAUGUCCAGAUGUUACCUGUGGCAAGCAGGAAUCAGGGCACAUGCCACCCUUUAUUCCCUCUUGGAUCCAGCUGGGCAUCCUGUUCACUGGGAGUUUUCCAAGUGUGGGAUAAGUUCGGUUUGUCCCGGGUCACCGUGACACGGCCACGGGAGGUGAUCCCAGGGCCAGGGCACUGAGGUCACCGUCGGCACGGGAGCGAGGAGCCCGGGGCAGAGCUCAUCCCGCCCGCUCAGCUGAUCCCCCCCGCAUCCCAGCCCUGCGGAUAUAAAUCCGUGUGGGACAGCCCCGUGUGCCACCUGUCUCAUACCACCAUGGGACGGAGCUGCUCCUUCCUCCUGCUCCUCUUCCUCCUGGCCCCGUGGCCCAGGGCCAGCGUGUCCUUCCUGCGGCACAGCUACACCUGCGGAGAGUUGGGAAUGCAGCUCCUAGUAUUCCCGUCCCAUGGCCACUCUGUCCGCUUCAAGGUCCUGGAUGAGUUUGGGACCCGCUUUGAUGUGGCAAACUGCUCCAUCUGCCUCCACCGGCUCAGCUCUGGGGAGGAUGGAUCCAUCAUCUUCUCCUCUGGAUACAAGGGCUGCCAUGUCCUGCUCCAGGUGACAUUCCUACCCCUGUCCCUGCCCCUUCCCCAUUGGAUGGAGGUCACUAUCUCUCAUAUCCCACUGCAGGAGAACCGAUAUGUCCUGAGGGUGCAGCUGGAGGAGCUGAUUCCCGGUGGGUUCCUGGUCACCUCCUCUGAGGUCAACAUGACCUGCCCAAAGCCGGGUGGCUCUGAGACACGCCCAGAUGGAAGCCCGGAGCGGGGUCGGGAUAACGGAAUCCUGGUCUCCCACGCUGGUCUCCGGCACCACGUCUCCCAGUCCUCCCUCACCCUGGCAGGAUCCCAGCUCUCAUCCCACACCCACUCGGAGCAGGUUCACACCGUAGCACUGAAUGAGCCCAGCUCAGUGCUUCCCAGGAUUCCGCCCCAGUCCAACCCAGUUCGCCCAGGGCUUCCAUCCGAGUCUAGUGGGAUUCGUCUGGUCUCCAAUAUCCAGGGGGGCUUCAACCGCCCGGGAGUGCAGCACUCCCACCCUGGAGGUCAGACCCAGCCAGGCCUUGCAUCUCAAAAUUCUCCCAGUAUGAGGCAUCCCGGGGGUCAAACUUGGCCAGGCCUUCGCCCGGAGUUUGUAUCCCAAAACCCUCCCCGUUUGGUGAAUCCUGGGAGUCAGACCCAGCCAGGGCACUUUCACCCAGGGUUUGUACUCCCAAACCAUCCCAGUUCACUGAAUCCCGAGGGUCAAAACCAACCAGAACUUCGUCCAGGGCCUGUAUCCCAAAAUCCUCCCAGUCCUGUGCAUUCUGGGAGUCAAACCCAGCCAGGGCCUCGUCCAGGGCCUGUAUACCAAAAUCCUCCCAGUCCUGUGCAUUCUGGGAGUCAAACCCAGCCAGGGCCUCAUCCAGGGCCUGUAUACCAAAAUCCUCCCAGUCUGGCGUAUGUUGGGAGUCAGACCCAGCCAGGGCUUCGUCCAGGGCCUGUAUCCCAAAAUCCUCCCAGUCCAGUGCAUUCUGGGACUCAAAAUCCACCAGGGCUUCGUCCAGGGUUUGUAUUCCAAAACCCUCCCAGUCCAGUGUAUGCCGGGAGUCAGACCCAGCCAGGGCUUCGCCCAGGGUCUAUAUCCCAAAACUCACCUGUUUUGGCUCCUGCUGGUGUUCACCCUCCAGCAGGAUUCCUGCACCCAGGAUCUCAGCUCCCCAACCAGCCAGGAAUAGGUCAGCCCAGUUUUCCCUCCAGCUCCCAAACUGGGCUCCCGAGCUACACUGGGCUGGUCCAUCCCGGCCAUCCCAGUCCGCCUUUAGUGAACUCGGCCUGGCCGGGUUUGAUCAGCCCUGGACUCCAACCUGGAUUGCUGCAUCCCGGGAUCCACACUCCACCCAGGCUGCUCCAGCCCACCGCACUCUUCUAUCCUUCAGGAGGGGCAGGAACGCAGUUGACGCGGGAGCAGUGCCAGGUGCCGGUGGGCCGGAUGCCGUGCGUGGCUCCGCAGGGACGGGACGGCUGCAUCCAGGCGGGAUGCUGCUACGACGACACGGACCGUGCCACGCCCUGCUACUACGGGAACACCGCCACCGUGCAGUGCCUGCGGGAGGGGCAGUUUAUCCUGGUGGUCCCGCGGGGAAUGGCCGUGCAGCCCUACAACCUGGACAGUGUGCGGCUGGCCGGGAGCCAGGCGGGAUGUGAGCCCUUCCACGUCACCGAGAGCUCCGUCAUGUUCCGCUUCCCGGUCACCCACUGUGGGACCACCCUGCAGGUGAUCGAGGACCGGCUGAUCUACGAGAACCAGUUGAUCUCCACCAUCGAUGUCCAGGGAUCCUCCCGUGGCUUCAUCACCCGCGACAGUGUCUACAUUCUCCAAGCUCGGUGCAUCUACAAUGCCAGUGACCUCCUUCCCUUGGGAAUGGAGGUGGCUGUGCCCCCCACGGCCGCUCCGCUGGCAGUGCCGGGACCGCUGGGGCUCCAGCUCCGGAUUGCCACCGACGAAUCCUACAGCUCCUACCACCCCGUGGGCGACUUCCCCUUGGUGAGAGUGCUCAGGGACCCCAUUUUUGUGGAAGUCCGGCUGCUCCAGAAGACGGAUCCCAACCUGGUGCUGGUGCUUCACCAGUGCUGGGCCUCUCCCGGCUCCAGUGCCGCUUCCCAGCCCCAGUGGCCCAUCCUGGUGGACGGGUGUCCCUUCCAGGGGGACAAUUACCGGACACAGAUGGUGCCAGUGGGUCCGGCCUCUCCGGAGCUGCCAUUCCCGAGCCACUACCAACGGUUUGUCAUCUCCACCUUCACCUUUGUGGAGCCUCCCGGGAUGGCCGUGAUGGAGGGAGAGGUGUACAUUUCCUGCAGUGCCUCCGUGUGCCACCUGGCCCAGCCAGAGCCGUGCCGCCCCUCCUGCCAGCUGGGAGUAACCUCACGAGCACGUCGGUCUCUGGGGAACAGCAGGACGGCUGAUAGAAUGGGAAUGGUCACAUCCCUGGGAUGCAUUUUCUUUCCCAAAGUUUCCAGGAGAAGCUGAGGAGCUCCUGCCUCCACCUGAUGCUGCUGGAUUUCUCUGGGAAAGCUGGAAAAAUAAACCAGU